UCAGUGAAGGCAUCAUCAUCAACAACAACACGCAGCAAACAGAAGGGUUAUUUCAGCGGAGAAAUGCCAUGGACUGAGCACAGGAAGAGCAGAGGAGGAAAGCUCUCCUCCGCCGAGGAGAAGCUAGAUGAAUAUUUAAUCAACUUGCAGCACAAAAACAGAGCAUUAAGGCGACUGCAGAGGAAAGACCCCCGACAGGCGGAGCUGGAGCUUCUAGAGCAGGGCUUUAAUCUGUACAUCAACGGCGCUCAUAUCAGCACCACUAAUGCUGCUCAAAACAACAAGAGAACAACAGCUCAGCCUUCAGCAGCGGAUCAUUCACCCACACACAGAAACACACGCACUGCAGAUUCCAGCAGAGGGAGUGGAGAAAAGAGUUCAGUAGAUCUACAGAAACAGAGGAGCCGCACGGCACCAGAGAAAACACAAAGACGCAGAUGGGUGCAGGAAUCCGUUUACAUCUGCACCGAUAAAGGAAGUAAAGUGAAGAUCUCACCAGAGCACAGAUACUCCGAUGACUUUGAGCCCUACGAGAGUGUGGAUAUGGAGUCUGCUAAAGACAGCAGUAAAGCAGCGUUUCGUUCUGCGGGUCUGAAGGGUCGCAGUGAGCCUGAGCCUGUGGACAGAGUUCUCCUGAAUGCUGAUCAGGUGAAGGCUCUGCGGCGCAGUCUGGAGGCGAGUGUGAAGCGCAGCAGUCGAGACUCAGCCGGAGAGGAGUCAGAGGAGGACUGGAUCGAGGAGCAGAUCGAGAGAGACGAGAGCAGCGACAGCCUUCCUGACCUCACACUUCCUGUCCAAACCACACAACAGCCAAUCAGCUCGCAGAUCAGCCGCGGCGACCUCAUCAUGCUGGAGUUCAGCUCCUCCUCACAAGGAGGGCGAAGGGUCAAACACUCUCUCUCAGCUAAAAGAAAGGAGAACGUGGAGUCGUACAUCCCUACAAAACCAGUCGCUGUGAGGAGACCGACUGAGAAAUUCUCUGACAGCAGACAGGAGACGUCACGGUCGAGUAGUCGUCUGGAGCGCCCUCUGUCUGCAGCUCGUAAAGUGCAGGAGGAGAGAGAUUCAGAAGAGACGGCGGCCGGUGUGAUUCUGGCCCUGCAGAGAGAAAACACACCACUACAAACACACCGCCUGAAAGAACAACACACACCGGAGGAUGAAAACUGUGAUGAAGAUGAUGAAGAUCAGUAUCGUGUCAGGAAAGCUAUGAAGAGAAUCGCUCUCAUGGAACCCAGGCAGCAGAAGUGUUUGUUGAAGGCUCUGGAGAGGAUUGAUGCUGAUGAUCAGUCUGAACUCAGCGACAGCAGCAGCAGCUUCACGCUCACUAAGAGGGAAGCGUCUCUACAUGUGACGUCCACUCUGUACGUUACAAUGGAGAUCUUGUCAAACUGGGGUCAUUCAGCUCAGGUCGGCCUCACAGAGGUACAGUUCUUCUGUCCGCAAAAGCAGAAACUCUACGUGUCUCCACACGACCUGGACAUCCGAAACACCAACCAGCCCGGCAAUCUCACCGCCCUCGUCAACGGCAAGACCAAAACCACAAAAGAGCGCCACAUGUGGUCAUGCCCAUUUCACGCACCGGUCCAGCUGUAUUUUAUCAUCAGGAACGUGGAGCGAUCGCCAAACUUCAGCAUCUCUCGGAUGAAAAUCUGGAAUUAUAACCGCAGCCUUAAUGAUCUGGACGUGGGAGCUCGGCACGUCCGCUUAUAUGUGAACAGCACUCUGGUCUUUGAGGGUCAGCUGGAGAAAGGCUGCGGCAACCAGGUCUUCGACUACAGCACCACCAUUGACCUCCAGGAACCACAUUUCCCAGAAUGCACCUCUCCAAACCCUGUCCCCUCAGCACACAAUCUGCAAGACCAUGACCCUCAGGAGGCUGCAGUAGAAGAAACAAUCCAGGAGAGCCUCAUAAACCCUGACAUCUGCCAGACGGAAAUGCAAAGAGACUCUGUAGAAAUAAACACUCCUCCUUUAGAUCUUACCUCACACUCAGGACGGAAACAGGAGAUUUUGGAGCCGAUGAAGACUGUGACCACGCAACCAUCCUCCAGCCGGGUUCCUCACUGGCUACAACCGCUCGGAGCAGAUCAAACCGAAGAGUCUGGAGAUAAAGAGCGUCCUCCGUGGCUCCGGACGUCUGAACACAAAUCCAAACGUUCAGUUCUUCCUGAGAUCUCCUGCAAUCCAGUGCGCGCCUGCAAAGAGGGCCCGCAGAAAACCGCAUCCACUGAAUUCAGCUCUGAUUCGCUGGAUUUGGACUCUGAUUUGGGGCUGGAGAACAGGUCUGAGGUCAAACAGGAGCGGGACGAGCAGCACUUAAGCCAGCGGCUGGAGCAGGGUUUGGAUCUGUGGGAUGAGCAGAGAGUGGAGAGACCCAUCAGUGGACGGAGAGGUUCAGCUCGAUCUGUCAAUAAAACGCAGCCAGUUCACAACAGCGACGUCAUCAUGACAGAGGAAAGCAGCCCAUCAUCAUCAUCAUCAGUACGCAACAGAAGACCCAAACCCCCCUGGUGCCAUUCAGACGACCCCUUAAUGGAGUCCUGGGACUCUUUAACCAAAUUCAACCAGUGUCAGCGAGGGCGAAUCUCCAACAUGGGGCUGGAGGGAGAUAUUUUCGACGAGUUUCUUCAGCGUCAGCCUCGUCCUGCACCCAUGGCUGCUCACUCUCCAGCUCUCCCAGAUUCAGACGACCCAGAGGACGACCCUCACGAAGACUUCGAGAUCCCGGUUCUCCCGCAGGGUCGACACCUCGUUUUUAACAUACUGUCCACAUGGGGCGACCGGCAUUAUGUGGGUCUGAAUGGCAUCGAGAUCUUCUCCUCCAGCGGUGAGCCCAUCACACCCGUCCACAUCACUGCUGACCCGCCCGAUAUCAACAUUCUUCCUGCAUACGGGAAAGACCCUCGAGUGGUCAAAAACCUGACCGACGGCGUCCACCGCACCCAAGAUGACAUGCACCUCUGGCUGGCUCCCUUCACGCCGGGACGCAGGCAUGUGGUCUGCAUGGAUCUGGGUGGCAGAUGUUGCCUGGCUAUGAUCCGUGUCUGGAAUUACAACAAGUCUAGGAUUCACUCGUUCAGAGGAGCCAGAGAGAUGGAGAUGCUUCUUGAUGGCCGCUGCAUCUUUCGUGGAGAGAUCGCUAAAGCUUCGGGAACACUCUCAGGAGCACUGGAUCAGUUUGGCGACACCAUCCUCUUUACCACGGAUGAUGAGAUCCUGGAGGCCAUGGCGCAGUUUGAUGACACGUUUGGCAGUGAGAUGGAGACGAGCGGGCCGAGUGUAGAAGAAGAGGAGCUCCAACGGCCUCAGACGGCUGAUGGGGAAGGAGAGGAGAGGCCGUUCACACAGGCCGGCUUCAGGAACUACCAGACGCCGAUGGAUAUGGAGUGUGUCCCCGCAGCAGAACCCUGUGCUGAUACUGGAGCUGGACUUUAUACUGGCAGCAUUGUUCGGCUGAGUGUGAUGUCAUCGUGGGGUGACCCUCAUUAUGUGGGUCUGACAGGGUUAGAGGUGGUCGGUCAGGGGGGUGAGAGUAUUCCUAUUGACGUCUCUAUGGUAACAGCAUCACCCCGUGACCUCAAUGACCUUCCUGAUUACAACAAUGACCUUCGAACUCUGGACAAGUUGUUUGACGGAGUGAACAUCACGACGGAUGAUAAGCACAUGUGGCUGAUUCCCUUCACAUCCGCUUCCGAACACACACUCACUGUGCAGUUCACUGAGCCGCAGACCAUCGCAGGAUUCAGAAUGUGGAACUACAACAAAUCUCCUGAAGACUCCUACAGAGGGGUGAAGGUUGUGCAUGUGUUCCUGGAUGAAGUGUGUAUUUCUCCACUGGAGGGUUUCCUCAUUCGUAAGGGUCCAGGGAAUUGCCACUUUGACUUCGCACAGGAGCUUCUGUUCAUAGAUUACCUUCAGUCAAACCCCAGCAGUGCGGCCUACAGCAGAUCACUCACUGCAGACGACACACGUGCUCACCGGGCUGGGAAUCGGAGAGCUGAGAUGGCCAGUAUGGAUUAUGAAGCUCCAUUAAUGCCGUGUGGAUUCAUCUUCCAGCUGCAGUUGUUGACGACGUGGGGUGGUCCAUACUACAUCGGCCUCAAUGGACUGGAGUUUUAUGACCAGAAUGACCAGAAGAUCCCGCUCAGUGACAACAACAUCGCUGCAUUCCCUGACAGUGUGAAUGUGUUGGAUAACGUGUGUGGUGAUGUUCGCACGCCAGAUAAACUGAUUGAUGGAGUUAAUAACACUCAUGAUGGCCGACACAUGUGGCUAGCGCCGGUGCUGCCGGGACUGGUGAACCGUGUCUAUGUCAUCUUUGACAAGCCAAUGACGGUGUCCAUGAUUAAAUUAUGGAACUAUUCCAAAACACCUCAGAGAGGAGUGAAGGAGUUUGGGCUCUUGGUGGAUGACCUGUUGGUGUAUAACGGGAUUUUAGAUUGUGUGAAGAAUGUUUCACGAGGAAUUCUGCCAACACUUGACCCUGUUGUGCCCUACCACACUAUACUGUUCACAGACAACACACACAUCACACACCGAGAGAAGAGCACAAUCAUCAGCAAUCAUGUGGAGGACCAGGAUGUGAAACUGACCAAUGAGAAUCAGAUCAUUCACCAGCACAAGAAGAAGCAGACGGCAGAUCCAGCUCUGCGGCCCAAAACCUGCAUGACAGAAGUUCGGAAACACGGAAAGCAGCGAUACUGAGAGUCAGAAGGCAGAGGUUAUGAAAGCAGGUUUCCUUUUUCUUCUCCCCUCUGGGAAUAUUUUGGAAAACUCUGUGACCUCAACACACACACACACACAUGCUCCAACUGUAUUCUGAAGCUGUAUAUUUGUUAUAUAUUUGAUAUUGGUGUUGUUGUAUUAUACUUUACAGUUGUCUUUUUUAAAAUAAGUGUCCUUUCAACCAUAUUCAGAUUUGGAGGGAAGUAAAAUCAUCGCUGCACACCGCUACAUUUCCGUUCAUGUGAGUUACACUUGUGCUUGUGUGAGUUUUUAUCUACAGCCACAUUUGAGAUAUUUCAGCUGUAUAAUUGUGUCAAUUUACGAUAAUUCAGAUUUACAGACUAUUUUUCACAGUUCAUUCACUACAAACACAAGCACAAAUAUUAUGCAAAUGCUGCCAGUUUACCUCAUAUUGACUCUACUAUAAUUAUUCUUAUUAA